UAUAUAACCGAAUGGUAAAGAAACACAUACUUUAUAAAUUCACAUAUCAAAUAUAUUCCGGAAGCGUUUCUGUGAAAAAGACAUUUAAUCAAAGCAAUUCUGUACAUAGGAAGUCGAAUUUGAGUGAAAUAUCGAAGUGUAUCUUGACUCAUGUCCACAAAAAGCUGUAUUAUAAAGUACAUUGCUUGUUUGCUCUUAAUGAUUCUACAGACGAUGAUCAUGACUUCAUUGGUGGCAAACAUAACAAUGCUAAGGAAUUUGUUCUAUUCCUAUAUUUAUACACCGCCUAUUCUCAUGUUAAUUGGAGCGACCAUCAUAGCAGUAUUGAUUCUUGUUCCCGAAUUCCCAAUAUAUUCGAAGUGAACUACAUCGCUGCCAUGAGUGAUACCGCAAAUACAAUUUUCAGUGUACUAAUGGGACUCAGUUUAGUUGUGGCAUUAUACCUUAAUGGACAGAGUUUGAAACUUUGUGAUGAUACGAUGGCAAAGUCUUUCCUACCAGUUCGACUGGCUCUGACUACGUGGUCAUUGGUGGCUUUAUUAUAUCUAUCCAUUUCAAUUGCCAUCCAACUGGAACAUUGAACAUUCAGCAGGACUAUUUGCCAAGCUGCUUAUUCAAAUUGUUAACAAUAUUCUGUCUUGGACAUCACCUGAUUAUCUGACUGUUGACUGUUGUUGCUGUUGUUUUCGUUGUUGAAACAAUAAAGAUGUAUGAAGU